GAGAUAGAGAGAGAGGAGCUUAUGUUAGUUCCCGGAGUCAGCAACAGGACGAAAAGAAGAGGGAAUUUCAAGUUUUUUAAAGCGCAAAAAAUAUUAGGAAGAGAAGACGAGUCUCAUUUUCUAGACGCUUUGGAGUAUUCUUUAAUAAAAUCAGUGUGUGUAUUAUUUUCUCUAAAUCCCAGACGCUUUGGAUAUUAUUUCCCUGUCUCCUGCCUACUAUCGUUUGACGCUCGGGAUUUGCAGUCAGGAUGGUUCCAAUCCUGCUCUUUUGCAUCGUUUCUCUGCUGCCCUUUGCCCAGAUCUCCUCGACAGGUAUUUUCGAACUGAAAGUUCACUCGUUCAGCAGCCGCCAACCGGAGUUGGCCCAGGGCUGCCAGAGGGGGCCGCCGUGUGGCCGCUUCUUCCGGGUGUGCCUCAAGCAUUACCAGGUGAACAUUUCCUCGGAGCCUCCCUGCACGUACGGCGCUGGCACCACCCCGGUCCUGAGGCCAGGCAGUGACUCCGUGCGGGACAGCGAGCCCAUCCGCAUCCCCUUCCACUUCACAUGGCCGGGCACUUUCUCACUCAUUAUCGAGGUUUGGAAUGCAGAAUCCGACGAGACCAGUAUUGAUGACCCCCGGAAUCUGAUCAGCCGCCUGGCCACCGGCCGCCGCCUGGCCAUCGGGGAGGACUGGUCUCAGGAUGUGCAGGCCGGCGAGCUCAGUGAGCUGCGCUAUUCUUACCAUGUGGUCUGCGAGGAGCAUUACUACGGAGAGGGCUGCUCUGACUACUGCCGGCCCCGGGACGACACCUUCGGGCACUACAGCUGCGACGAGAGCGGCCGCAGAGUCUGCCUGGCCGGCUGGAAAGGCAACUACUGCUCGGAACCGAUUUGUUUGCUGCAGUGCAACGAUAAUUACGGAUACUGUGAAAGACCAGGGGAAUGCAAGUGUCGUAUUGGUUGGCAGGGCCGUUUCUGCGAUCAGUGUAUUCGUUACCCAGGUUGUCUUCAUGGCACAUGCCAGCAGCCUUGGCAGUGUAAUUGCCAGGAAGGCUGGGGUGGCCUCUUCUGCAACCAAGAUCUCAACUACUGCACCAACCACAAGCCAUGCAAGAAUGGAGCAACAUGCACCAACACUGGUCAAGGCAGCUACACCUGUACGUGCAAACCGGGCUUCAGUGGGACCAACUGUGAGACUGAAGUCAAUGAGUGUGAGAGCAAUCCUUGUAAAAAUGGAGGGAGCUGCACGGACCUAGAGAACAAUUAUACUUGCACCUGCCCCCAAGGAUUCUAUGGCAAGAACUGUGGGAUUAGUGCUAUGACAUGUGCUGAUGCACCGUGUUUUAAUGGUGGCUCCUGCACGGAGAAAUCACGUGGGGGCUAUAGCUGCCAUUGCCCAGUUGGCUUCACUGGUUCCAACUGCGAGAAGAAGAUUGAUCGUUGUACCAAUAAUCCAUGCGCGAAUGGAUACUGCUCGGACAUCGGCCGGAGUAUCAUCUGCCGUUGCCGGACAGGGUUCACUGGCCCGAGGUGCAAGAUCAACAUGGACGAUUGUGCCAAGAACCCAUGUGCCAAUGGUGGCACCUGUAUUGAUGGCGUCAACUCCUUCAGUUGUACCUGCACUCUUGGCUACGGUGGGAAGGACUGCAGCAUUCGCAUGGAUGCCUGUAGCAGCAACCCAUGCAGAAAUAAAGGUGUCUGUUACACGCACUACACUGGCCAUGUAUGCAAAUGCCCAGCUGGAUUUAUGGGCUCCAACUGUGAGUUUCGUGUGAAGCCCACUAGCCCGUCUGAUGUGGAGAACCCGUUCCCCGUGGCCCUUGCCAUCUCUUUUGCUUUGGGCCUUGUCACCCUCACCCUGGUGGUGUUUGCUGCCUUGGUGAUACUGAAGCAUCUCCGGAAAAGCCAGGAGAGUCAGAAUGCUGUGCGCAAUGAUCUGGAGACCAUCAACAACUUGUCGGAUUACCAGAAGGAGAAGGAAGCCUUCAUCAUCUCCACUGGACAGUUCAAGGUCUCCAACAAAGAUGCUGAACUCAGCAGUGAUUGUUUGAGUGAUAAGUUUAACUGCAAACAGAAACUUCAUCCAAUGGAUUACAAUCUGGCUGGGGAACUGAAGGAACAGGAGGCUUCUCGGAAGAACGUUGUAAAUAAGAAAUCUGAAUGCCUGACAUCCUCCAAACCGUCAAUACCAUUUCCGAAGGAGGGAUUGUACCAUCCAAUGUAUAUUAUGUCUGAACGAGUGGAACCUUGCAUAUUUGCAACUGAGGUAUGAACUCCAUCUCCUCAGGUGUAGAUGUUCAAGCUUCCUGUCUCUGAAUGUUUACAGAUUUAAUGGACAUUACGGGGUUUAUAUUCCUGUAUUUAAUAUUUAUUCAUGCUGCUCUUUUUGUUUUGGAAUGGAUAACCUCUUACUGUGUUUUUUUUAAAAGUGUGUGUGUGUGUGUGUGUGUGUGUGUGUGUGUACAUGAAUUAAAAAAACUUUUGUACCUGGCGUCUGGAUAAUGAAGAAUGCCUGCUGACAUCUCUCUGAAAGCUGCGAAAUCUUUGCACUAUUUUCAAUGGCGAAGUCAUCCUGAUAAAUAUCUGCAUGCCAAGUACUGAAG